CGCUGACCGGUUCCCACCAAUUUCUUGUCGUCCUCGUCCCUCUUUUCUUUCCUUCCUACGACAGUGUGUCUGUCGACCAUCCCCUGAGAGGAGAAACGAAGCGCUGCGGGAUAACUCACAAUGCCACGCGAUAUCCUCAUCGUCGGUGCCGGCAUUGCUGGUCUCGCCAGCGCCAUUGCCAUUUCCGACGAGCUCUCCUCCUUCAUCCCUAACCUGAACAUCUCGGUUUAUGAUGGCGCAUCGGAAUCUACGACAUCUGGCGGUGCCAUCAGUUUGACACCGGUCGCCCAGAGGUAUCUCGAUGAGCUAGGGAUUUUAUCCGAAUUGAAUCAGAUGGGCGACCGAGCCGGUAUCGAAGUGGACGCCAUUGAUCUAUUUUCCGUGCGUGCCGGACGCCGAUUAGGGCCCCUCCGCUUCACUGACGAGAACGGAAAUGGCUAUGGUGGCUACAAGGGUCGCCGGGUCCUGCGUAGCGCUCUUUCAGAAGCCAUGCUGGUAGUGGCUCGAAAUUUGCCCAACGUUUCAGUUCACUAUGAUAUGAAGCUGGUCGGAGGAAGCACGACGGCGGAGAAUGUCACACUACAAUUCGAAGAUGGUUCGACCGUCACCGGGGACUUGGUGCUAGGUUGCGAUGGAGUACACUCGGCAACACGUACGAAGAUUGUGGAUCCUGGUAAUCGAUCCGAAUAUACCGGUAUCUCCUUUAUACAAAGCAUGACCGACACCCGGAGCCUGACCACACCGAUGCCUUUUAACCAAACAGCGGUACACCUCGCCCGACAUAGCUCGCUCCUGACUAGUUACUGCGAUCCAAAACACGAGAAGCUUUUUGUUGCGGCGAUCGUCCGCGUUAGCGAACUGCUGAUCGAGAAAUACCAGACGAUGCCAGGAACGGACGUAUCGGUACAGAACAAUAUGAGAAUGUCAAUGCGCUACUUGGUCCGGGCGCAGUUUGGCAUGUCCAGUCUACCGUACAUCCGGGAGAUCAUCGACCGAACGGAGAAUUGGAUGCUAUACCCGGUUUAUCAGGUUCGCCAACGAGGCAAAUGGCACACGGAUAAGAUACUGUUGCUGGGAGAUGCCGCACAUGCGAUGCCACCACGCGAUGAAUCUGCCGCAUACGCGGUAGAAGAUGCAAUUAUAUUUGCCAAGCUCCUGGCCCAGAAUCCCGACGCCCCGUUACCUCGGUUAUUCGAGGAGUAUGAAGACCUUCGACGCGGGUUAGUUAACAAGGCAUUCGAUGCGUCACGCAGGCUGUGGCAAAGUGACCUUGACAAGGGCCUGUUUCCCGGCCAAACCCGCGAUCUCAUGUCUCCAGUCCACCUUCCCCCAAACAGUUGCGUUGGUAAGCGAGCCACGCAGCCCACCACAAAGACGCAACUACCGGCGCCCACCCACGAGAGUUUCUCAGAUCUGUCAGUGUAUUCGCUGACUAGUGACCUUGGGAGAACUGCUGACGCAACAAACGGUGACUAACGAGGGAGAGGGAAGCGGCCUAUGGUGUCCGUUUACGUCCUUUUUGCAGCUCCUUUUCGCAUCCAGCGGGCGUGUUAUUUAUA